GAGAGAGAGAGAGAGAGAGAGAGAGAGAGAGAGAGAGAGAGAGAGAGAGAGAGAAGCUGGCCACUCAAGCUGUGCCUUUCAGCGCAAGAACCGGUGCGGAAACAUUUUACGCGUGAAGGAUGAAGCCUUCAUUUCCGGUUAAUCCGCGGUCCUUCUGCAGCUUCUUUUAAAUACUUGUUCUCUUAAUUAGUUUGUAAAAUGUGGACAGUUCCGAGACCAAAAUACAGAAGUGGUUUGAACGAGGAGAAGCUGACUGUGAACAUUGGAGGAGUCAAAGUGGUGCUGUACGGAGAUGAUCUGAAGCGCUACCCGGACAGCAGACUGGCCGAGCUGGCCAACUGCUCCACUCAGAAUGUGGAACUUMUAUCUUCUCUCUGUGAUGACUUUGAUCCAGGCAGAAACGAGUUUUACUUCGACAGAGAUCCUGACUCCUUCAAGUGCAUCAUUGAUGUUUACUACUUUGAUGAAAUCCAUAUAAAAACYGGCAUUUGUCCCAUUUGUUUCAUCAAGGAGAUGGAGUUUUGGAAGAUAGACCAAAGUGUUUUAGAUGAAUGCUGUAAAAGUUACCUGAGCGAGAAGGAGCAAGAGCUGCGAGAGAUCGCCAACAAAGUAAAAGUUAUUCUGGAGGACAUGGAUGUGGAUCAGUGCAUCACGCGCACGCAGCGGUGCCAGAGGUUCCUGUGGAAGCUGAUGGAGAAGCCGGGCUCGUCGCUGCCGGCGCGCAUCGUCGCCAUCGCGUCCUUCCUGUCCAUCCUGGUCUCCGCGGUGGUCAUGUGUGUGAGCACCAUCCCGGAGCUUCAGGUGACGGACGCGGAGGGCAAAUUGGUGGAGCACCCGACCCUGGAGGCGAUCGAGACCGCGUGCAUGCUGUGGUUCACCGCCGAGUUCCUGCUGCGUCUCGCCUCGUCUCCGAACAAGCUGCGCUUUGUGCUCUCCAUCAUGAACAUCAUAGACUUCAUGGCCAUCAUGCCUUUCUACGUGGUGCUGUCCCUCACUUACCUCGGCACCACGUCCAUGAUGGAGCUGGUGAACGUGCAGCAGGCUGUCCAGGCGCUGCGCAUCAUGCGCAUCGCGCGUGUCUUUAAGCUGGCGCGCCACUCCUCCGGGCUGCAGACUCUGACCUACGCGCUGAAGAGGAGCCUCAAAGAGCUGGGUCUGCUCCUCAUGUACAUGGGUGUGGGCAUCUUCGUGUUCUCCGCGCUGGCCUACACCAUGGAGCAAAGCCACCCGGAGACGCUUUUCAGGAGCAUCCCUCAGUCUUUCUGGUGGGCCAUCAUCACCAUGACCACGGUGGGUUAUGGAGACAUCUACCCCAAAACCACGCUGGGCAAGUGCAACGCGGCCGUGAGCUUUCUCUGCGGGGUGAUAGCCAUCGCUCUGCCCAUCCAUCCAAUCAUCAAUAACUUUGUUGUCUUUUACAACAAGCAGAAAGUGCUGGAAACUGCAGCCAAGCACGAAGUGGAGCUGAUGGAGCUGAAGUCCGGCAGGCAGGCGCGCAGAAAAAGCGACGAAUAAGAAUUAAAAACAGAAAUAUCGCACACACAAACACACAAAUAAGUCUUUUAAUUCUGCUCAAAAUGCUAAAAAAAUAUGUAAAAGGUUUUGAAAAGAAGAAAUGAAACUUUCAGACACUUGAAAAUUCGUUGGGACGCGCUGUUAAUAUUUUUAUGGACCACCUGCUGUGCUGCUAUUGUAGUUGAUGAAGGUUGUCACAGAAUAAUAAAAAUGUGUGCAUGAAAAGUUGUGCAUGUCAAGAGAGUGAUUACAUCAAUUCAGAUUAAAGUGAAACAUUUUAUUCAUCUUGACAAUGAAAUCA